AUGAGGACGUCCAUUCUUUUCGCCGUAGCAGCAGCGGCGGGAGCCUCUGCUCAGAUACGGUUACCCUUUUCCCGUCAAUCAUAUCCUAGACAGCCUUCUACGCAGAAACGAACAGUGACGGCAGAGCUAUUUAGCGCCGACUCACGAUAUGUAGUAAACGCCACCGUCGGAACGCCACCACAACAUGUCUCUUUCCAGCUCACCCUAUCCUCUGACCAAUCAUGGGUCCCGGAUGCGCAAUAUUGCAACACGGACAGCUACUACUCGUAUUACUCCAAGUAUGAGGGUUGCAUUGGGGGCUCAUACAAUCAUAAUGUAUCGUCAACCUAUGUGAACGGCGAUGAAGACGACGAUACUUUCUACGUGUAUGACCUCAGCGACAGAUAUGCAUACGGCAAAACAAUGAACGAAACGAUUGGCUUUGCCGGUGGCCAAAAUGUCUCCAAUCUCAACCUGGGACGCGCUUCCGAGGCUGAUACAUGGGGAGGUGUCAUGGCUCUCGGUUACAACGGCACCUAUUCAUAUAACCCUAAUAUUCUUGACCGGAUGCUGGCCUUGGGCUUCAUAAACUCGACGUCCUAUAGCUUGUGGGUUGACCAAGAGGAUGCCGAGACUGGCCAUGUGCUCUUUGGUGCCAUUGACACGUCGGCCAUUGAUGGGACGCUCAAGCGAUUCAGCGUCGACCGGUCACACUAUGACGAGUCGAGUUAUAGCUGGAGUUAUACCAACACCUUUUCUGCCAGCAUCGUGGGACUCAACUCCAGUUCAUCGUCGGAUGGCAGCUUUGCGCCGGUCAUCUCAAACACCUCGGCGCUGCCCCUGGUCACCCUUGACCCUACCUCGUCACUCUCUGUCGUCCCGGAGGAAGUAGCUCAUGCCAUCUGGGACUUGACUGGUGCUCAUUAUGAUGAGCUUCUGGAUAUUGCCAUCAUCCCUUGCUCCUCCCGCGACACCCUUACCGAGGAACUAGCCAUCCAGCUCAGCAGUCUUGACGAGGGCCCCGUCUUCAAUGUCCCACUGUCCGACUUGGUCAUGGCCGACAACAGCCUGUCUGACAUUAUUGAUUACUACUACUAUUAUUCCACCGAUGAAGAAACAGACUAUAGCGACUAUUGCCUCUUUGGUGUACAAAUGACAAACGACUCGUCGUAUACGUACAGCAGAUAUGAGGACAACUGGGUGCUGGGCGGUGGGAUGCUGAAGCGUCAGUACAUGGUCUUUGAUUUAGCCAAUGAGGACGUCGCCAUGGCUCCCAUCAAAUUUGGGGGUAGUGAUGGCUCCGACUCGAGUGACACUGUCAUCGCCUUUUCCAUGUACGGUGCCAAGAUUCCAGAGUCGACUGGCGAAGACAGCAAAUGUUAUGCGGACGACGAAGAAUGCAAUGGAUCCUCGAGUGGCAGUGGUCGUUCAGGCAGCAGUAGCAGCUCCAGCUCCAGUGAUAGUGACGGUUGGAACGAACAGUCUGACUACAUUGGCUUGAUCGUUGGCUUCAGCAUUCUGGGUGCUGUCAUGUUGGGAAUAGCCAUCUGGGGUAUCGUCAAGUGUUGCCGGGAUAAUAACCGCCAUGGAACGGAUGCAUUGGCUGCAGACAAGGAGACGGCCUCCCCAGAGACUGCCCCGGCUGCCGCAUCACCAGCGACUCAGCAGGUGGCUCAUAAUACUACGGCGCCGGCCGUCUAA